AGGCCCAAAAUGGAAUGACGUUUUUGCCUCUGAUUUUUUUUUGUCAAUUACAUUUGCCCACUGAUUUAGUGCGUUGUUAUUCGAUGGUGCUUAUUGUGAAUAAGUAUAAUCAAAAUGAUCCAGGAUCUUCGAGAAGCCUCCAUUUUCACCGACUUCAACUAUUUUACUGUUUUGAAUUUUCCAUCAAGAUCGACAGUGAUGAAAUCAAUUUUUCCAUCUCCUUCAGGCUUUUCUCGCUCCGUCGUUUGAGUUUAAUUCCCCAAAGCCUAAGAGGGUUGGAAGAUAACAGAGAAGACAACCACCUCUAUGCUCGGAACCCAAUCAAUAUCGCUUCUCUUCGUCCCUCCCAAUUCGAAGAGUUCGUCAAAGAAACAGUUACCGUGUUUGAGAGGCAUCUCAUCUUGACUGCUAGAAAAGUUCCUCAAUCAUAAGUCAAUUUACUUGGAUCAAGAAGCUUCCACCAGCCAAGAAGGUAACUUUUUUCAUCUGGGUAGUGGUAAAAAGUUUUGAUCAUUAUGCUUGAUAAUCCUCCCUCAUAUUUAAACCACAUAAAAAUCCAUCAGUUUAGGAGGGGUAUUGAAUCCAGAAGAAACUCUAGCAUAAAUUACCGGGAAAAGGGCCCAAAUAGUGUCCCACCUUUUUCCUAUUCUAAACUUUCGUACCUCACCUUCUAAAAUUAUCAGAUUGGUAUCUGAGGUUUUCACCCCGACCCAAUUUUGGUAUCUGGAGCCGUUAGCUCCAUUACAGUGCCAUCCAAAUGUGCAAGGGCAAUCUGGUCUUUUUAGCCUUAUGUCUGUAACUAUCUCUCUAUCCCGUUAUUCCCCAUUCUCAAAUUGAAAUCGAAAUUAGAAACGGAGUUACCCCCCCCCCCCCCCUCUCUCUAAAACGAAUCUCUCUCUCUCUCUGAAGUAGAGUAUAUCUUGGCCUAGAGAUUUACUUCCCUUUUGUCUGAGAUUCUCUGAGAACGACUCCAUAAGAUUCCAAGCAAUGGCCCAAAAGUGGAGGUAUUUUCGCGUGGCAGGAGAUGUACCAGCUUAUUCAGGUGAGGUAGCACCACCUCCUGGCACAACCAAGUUGCCUAAGUUGUAUUACUCCCAAGUUACUUGCACAAUCUGCAAGAAAAAGGGCCACAAUAUGAGGACUUGCAAAUCAAGGAAUCAGGAAGAAAAUAAUGUCCAGCAGGAGGAACAGGUGAAUGUGCAAGAACAGGGUGCAGAGAAUGUGCAGCAUGAGGAAGCUGUGCAUGUAGAAGAAGAGGGUACAGUGAAUGUGACACAGCAUGAAGCUCACAUUGCACAACAGCAAGAGUCCCAACCUGCAUUUUUGCCCACUCAGCAGUUCCAAACCAGUACUACUCAAGAAGGCUCAUCCAUGCCCCAAUUUAAGCAUACAAGGUUCAAAUCACUAGCACAGAGAAAGCCCAAGCCAAAGAAUGCCCCUCCAUCACCAGCUACUUCAGAUGAGUAGAGAAUAGUUAUGGGAUUAAAAUGGAUUUCUGUUGCUUUAUUUCAGUUUCUUGUCUUGUUCACACAGAUGACAUCUGUUUUUGUAUGUUGCUGCUCCAAAUUUAAUGCAUUUGUGCCUUUUGAGACAACAAUUGUAUUUGAGACUUUGUGGCAAUGCAAGCUUUAUUUCAGGUCA